AUCCAGCGGGCCCGACAGUUCAGCAAAUAAGCGCAUAUCCACUGCCAACGAACCCGAUGCACAAAUCAAACGCGCUAGUAACUAGACGCGGCUAGACGCGGCUUGCACGGAUCGAUCCACGAGGAGGGGCGAGAGCUAGCGAGAGAGUAUCGGUGAAGGCGAAGGCGAAGGCGAUGGGGAAGGGGUUCGCGUCGUACCUGGCGAUGAAGACGGGGCCGGAGGGCGGCGGCCCGGCGGCGGCGGCGCAGCAGGCGCUGAUCGACGCCGACCUGCGGGAGCUCGGCGUCGCCGCGCGGAAGCUCGCCAACCAUGCCUUCGUUCUCGGCGGCGGCCUGGGUUUCGGCACUUCCUUCCUCAAGUGGCUGGCCUUCUUUGCGGCAGUGUAUCUCUUGAUAUUGGACCGCACAAAUUGGAAGACCAACAUGCUGACAGCUCUCCUGGUUCCUUACAUUUUCUUCACUCUGCCUAAUGUGCUGUUUUCUCUGAUCAGAGGAGAGGUGGGGAAAUGGAUUGCGAUUAUUGCUGUUAUUCUGCGUCUAUUCUUUCCACGCCACUUCCCAGAUUGGUUAGAGCUUCCUGGUUCCAUCAUCCUGCUCACAGUGGUCGCCCCCAGCCUGUUCGCAGACACCUUAAGGGGUGACAUCGUUGGUGUCUUGAUAUGCCUUGCGAUUGGAUGCUACCUGCUCCACGAGCACAUCAAUGCAUCAGGUGGAUUCAGGAACGCCUUCAGGAAGGGCAAUGGUGUAUCAAACUCCAUUGGCAUCCUUCUACUCUUCAUCUACCCUGUAUGGGCUUUUGUGCUGCAAGUCCUGUAGGCACCACCGCACCAAUGCCUCAGCGUUCCCCUCUGCAGUCCAGGCGUCCAGCUCCGUUCCCAUUCGUCCUUGUGCAAAUGUUUCCUCUAUGGUGAUCAUGAUCCUGUGUCAUCGCCUCAUUGGGAGGGUAUGCGUUAUGUGUGAUUGAGUCGAUCAGUUGGACCUGUUGCCAUGUUGGUGACUCGUUUGUUAUCUCAGCAUUUGGUUCUUUGGAGUACAUAAACGUUAAUAAAAUCAUUAGCCGUGGCUUGAUGUAGAUCGAGAUGUUGGCCAUAUUUAUCCCGUGUAAAUCCAUGCAUAUUUUAUGUUGGUUUGAGGAUGGAUGUUUAUAUCAAUUGUAUCAUCCAGUGUUAUUCUGAA